UACGUACUACGCACUGCUCACCUGAGAGAGAGAGAGAGAGAGAGAGAGAUUGAGAGAUUUUACUCAUACGGCUUUUGUAGCGCAGGUGAACAGGUGUGUAAUCGCUUUGUUUGGUUUGGGUUUCGGAAGAAUAUCAGUGUUCCAAGCGUCAGCAGCAGAAGACACCAUCAUGCCUUCACCCAGACACACCAGCAGCAGUAAGCGGACUCACAGAAUGUCACACCACACCUUCUCACACUACCCUGACGAACAAAUGCUCCACUUUUACCGCUGGACUUCGCCACCCGGUGUGAUGAAGAUUGUGAGCAUCAUCAUCAUCAUCAUGUGCGUGGCAUUGUUUGCGUGCGUGGCGUCCACACUGGCGUGGGACUACGACAUGGAUAACAUGGGUCUCGGGGGCAUGGGCAUGGGUGGUAUGGGUGGUAUGGGCUAUUACGGAGGCUAUGGGUCGAACAUGUAUGGAGGCGGCGGCAUAGGAGCCGGGUCAUAUGGCUAUGGUGGCUAUGGUGGGGGCUAUGGCGGCUACUACAUGGACCCUCUAUCAGGCAAAGGUUUCAUCAUCGCCAUCGCUGGAAUCACUUUCAUCGCCGUGCUUAUCAUCUUUAUCCUCGUGGUUUCGAGGCAGAGCACAGCCAGGUCCCCCAAGUUCUACCUGGCGAGUAUCAUCAUCUGUGCAAUCCUAGCCUUGCUCAUGCUCAUCGCCAGCAUAGUCUACCUGGUAGCCGUCAACCCCAUGGCGCAGGGCUCUGGCUCCAUGAUGUACAACAUGAUGUGGCAGCUGUGUGCUCAGUACCAGAACCAACCACAAACAUCAGGCCUGGUUAUCAACCAGUACAUGUACCACUAUUGUGUAGUGGAACCUCAGGAGGCCAUUGCAAUCGUUUUGGGAUUCCUGGUGGGUGUAGGGCUCAUCAUUCUGAUGGUGUUUGCCAUUAAAACCCGUUCCCAGAUGAACCGGUAUGGGAGUCACCGCGUGCUCUGGGAGGAACCCCGUUCUCUCAACGAUGGCUUUUCUCAUGGUGUGGAAAAAUGGGUGACCGACGUGUCCGGGGAGCCUGAGACUUACUUGAAUGACCACAACGAUCAUGUUGGCAGCUCGCGGCAUUAUCUCGACCAACCCCUGGACAUGGCCAAACCGAUCUACCUGCCUGGUGACUCCGAUACGACCAGCACGACCAUCGUGUUGAAAGGCCGAGCGAGAGACUAUGACACGGGAGCCGAUUCGGCGGACGAGCUGGACGACUCUGACUACGACAGCGAGUUCCCUCCAAUCUUGAAUGAAAGCGAGCGGGUGGAUUACAAGCGCCAGUUCGACCGUGACCUCUUGGAGUACAAGCGUCUGCAGGCCGAGCUCGACGACAUCAACCAGGGCCUGUCCGAUGUGGACCGAGAACUCGAUGGCCUUCAGGAGGGAAGCCCACAAUUCCUGGAUGCCAUGGAGGUGUACACACGACUGAAGAGCUUGAAGAGGUCGUCAGAUUACCAGAUGAAGAAGAAGAGAUGCAAACAGCUGAAAGGAAAAUUGGCGCUUCUGAAGAAGAGGGUGAGCGAUUAUGACCGGAGACCGUGAGGAGCUUGGACGCCUUGUGUUGUGUUUUUUUGUUUCCACGUGUCGUUCGUUGUCCCUGUUCGAGCCUCUCAGCUUAUUUUGAUGAUGUCACUUUUGAGCCAUUACAAACACGAUAAGCUUCUUCUUUUUCCCCCUUCCUCCUCUAGUUUUAACAGUUUUUAUAAUUCUGGUGUUUCUUUGCUGUAUAAUGAACCCGUUGAUGGGAUAAAUGUGAAACCAAAGCAGGAUGCAGAUUGUCUUUUGCCCUAAAGUUCAGUAUCCUGCUGUUUUUAUCAGGAAGUGUGUACCGUGUCUCUCCUGUAUACCUUUUUUUUUUUUUAAUGAUGGGCU